AGCAGGAUUGGGGAGGGCUGGACAGUACUAGUGCCCGCCCUAUUGCACGAGUGAUUGGUUUUUAUUUUUAUCAUAGAGAUAGAGAUCCGCGAAAUUCUCUUCAUUCGACGGUUUCUUUAAGUUAAUUUUGUUGUAUUCUGUAGAAAUGGAGCGCUGGAAAGGUAGAGUAGCUCUCGUGACUGGAGCCUCGGUGGGGAUUGGAGCCGCUGUAGCACGGGCUCUUGUCCAACACGGCAUGAAGGUGGUCGGCUGUGCCAGGAAUGUUGACAAAAUAGAGAAGCUUGCGGCCGAAUGCCAGAGUGCUGGAUACAGCGGCACCCUGAUCCCGUACAAGUGCGACCUGUCCAACGAGGAGGAGAUCCUCUCCAUGUUCUCGGCCAUCAGGACGCUGCACCAGGGCGUGGACGUGUGCAUCAACAACGCCGGCCUGGCCCACGCCGAGUCCCUGCUGGCCGGCCGGACAGACGGCUGGAGGAACAUGAUUGAAGUGAAUGUCCUGGCGUUGUCUAUCUGUACGCGCGAGGCCUACCAGUCGAUGAAGGAGCGGCAUGUAGACGACGGACAUAUUAUCAACAUAAACAGCAUGGGUGGACACAGGGUGGUGCCCAGCGCUGACGAGCACUUCUACUGUGCCACCAAAUACGCCGUGACCGCAUUGACCGAGGGACUUCGGCACGAGCUGCGGGAAGCCAAGAGCCACAUACGCGCUACGAGUAUAUCCCCAGGAAUAGUGGAAACUGAGUUUGCAUUCCGGCAUCAUAACAGUGACCCAGAGAAGGCAGCUGCUACGUAUGAGAGUAUAAAGUGUUUGAAAGCAGAAGACAUAGCCAGUGCUGUCACGUAUGUCCUUAGUGCCCCUCCACAUGUUCAGAUUGGAGACGUGCAGAUGAGGCCAGUAGAGCAGGUGUCAUAGCAACCGAGCAGGAAGCAGCUGGUGCCGCAGAUAGAGCCAGCAGCCUUGGUGACUCCCUAGCGACCUCUGCUGGGCAAAACUAGUUUUAACCUGGAUCAGAAGGAUCAGAUUUGGAGUUUGGGUGGUACAAAAAAGCCUCAUUCAGCACAGUUGGGAGUCUGUGGUUGGUCUCUUGUAUGACGUUGGGGUCACUUAUUUGAACUACAGAGUAAUUUGGAGUGCUGCAGGAAUAGAUCAUGACAGAUUAUUGGUGGGCUUCUUUUUUUUUUUUUUUCUUAAGCCUUUCUUUAAAAAGUUAAAUAAAUGCCUGCGUAAGGAGUACGAAACUGGUGUGCAGCACUCCUGAGCUAUGCGGUCACAUGCACACCCAUUAUUACAGUGGGAAAGUUUGCCAUCGGUUGCACAUAUAUUUUGUUCUUUUUUGUUUCGCUUGUUUUCUUGUCGUAUUACAUACAUGUUUAAAAAUAUAAAUAAAAGUAAACAUUGCUGUUAAUGAUUACUAUUAUUUUAUUAUUUUUUAUAAAUAUAUUAGCUCUUUAUAUUUAGAUCUUUGAUUGUAGUUUGAUGUGGUUUUAUACCAUAACCAUAGGGAAAGGAUCCAUUUUCAUUCCAAAGUCUGUUUUUGUGCAGGGCGUUCAAUUAGUCUUUCAUGACCAUGCACUGGUCUCACACAUCCCAUGGAAUUCCUCUGUCAGUCUGUUAGCCAUGGUUUAGGCGAAGGUUUGAGAGCAUUUCUGAACUCCCUUUGCCUUCUUAUGGUCCACGCCCCCCUCCACUCCAUACCAACCAUAUAACAGAAAUCAGUUUGCACUUUGGAACCUGCUGAAAAACCACUAAUGUCUUUAGACAAUGUUUCUAACUGAGAAGUGGGCACGUGUAUAAUUAAAAGUACUACUCAUGAGUGUGUACUGUAAUCAUAGGUAUUCUCAAUAAAAGUACAUUUUAUUGCUG